UUUUGUGGAUUAUAAUUGGUUUUUAUGAAGUGCAGUUGUCGCCUAAAUCAGUAAACAUAUUGAAGAUCUUCAAAUACUGUGCUUUCCAUAACAUUCUUCGCGUGAUCAGUUAAAAACCCUCACAGUUUUCUUAUGUUAGUCUUGCGUUAUUAGAUCGUGUGCUCAACAUUAAAGUUAAUGCCAUAAAACCAUAAUUAAAUUUGUUAAUUACGUGUGACCUUGAGAGUUAAAUAUAUAGAUCUCAUUGCAUGAUAUAAACGAAUAUGUGGCAUUGUCUUAUUAUCAUAUACACUACCAUAUGGGGUCUGGUCUAUGCUAAUCCCCAACUCAAUUUGCCCACACCACAGCCGGAGAUAUUCUACAAUGGCUACACGCCCAAUGUGGCAACAACCCCCUCCCAGCUGAAGGCCGAUCGCGAUCGUAGCCAGCGUUAUGGACCACCCUAUUCGGGUGAUGGGGGUAGAAGUGGAAGUGGCAGUAGCGAUGAUGGCUUUGAUGACUUUAGGUACGGUCAGACCUAUGACGAACGCAUGCGAUUGGGUUACGCCUAUCCAACGCCGCGAUUGAAUUUCACUGAGCGUACCGAUGAUUCACCCUUCAGCGGGGAUGUGAAUCGCGAUCGUGGUCCAGAUAAUCGGUAUGCGAAUCACAACUAUGGACCCACUUCGACCAGCACCGAUCGCAACUAUGGCAACUUUAACGAUCAGCCCAACAAUCGACCCUAUGCGGAUGAAAAUCCCAAUGCGCAGUAUAACUACAAUAACAAUCCGAAUGUGGAAUUUGUGGGAUUGAACAAUAAUCGGAAUCGUUUCGAGAAUCCCUAUCUAUCCAAUCAGGAUAGAUUCAAUCUAAAUCAGGCGUAUGUGGACCGGCAGCGUUUUCAACAGGAUCGUCGCUAUCAGCAGGAGCUAGAGAAGCUGCGCAAUCUGCUGGUCGAAACGGAUCAGAAGGGUUCGCUCGAGUGCACCGCAAAUGUGGCGGCUCAGUGGAACUUCGAGACGAACGUGAACGAUUUUACACAGACGGAAGCGCUGAAUGCCCAACAGCGCUAUGUGGAGUAUCAGCGCAUAACAGCUCAGCAGUCGAAGCGUAUUAACAAGGAUCUCAUAUUCGAUCGUCGUCUCUAUAGACAGUUAAUGCUACAAUCUGAAGCUGGGCCCAAUGCGCUGCCCAUCGAUGUCUUGGACAGGUACAAUCGCCUGUUGAACGAAAUGCUUUUCCUGUACAACGAUGCCAGCAUCUGCGCCUACCAGCAGCCUUUUCAAUGUGACCUGCACUAUAUACCUCACCUCAAGGACAUUAUGGCCAAGAGCAGAGACUGGGAUGAACUGCAGCAUACCUGGGUAGAGUAUCAUCGCAAGGCGGGGCGAGGCAUGCGGGAUAACUAUGAACAGUUGAUUGAUGUGAUGCAGGAUGUGGCCUCUGUAAACAAUGUGACCAAUGGCGGGGAGUACUGGUAUUUGGCCUACGAAUCUGGCAACUUUCGGCAGGAUAUGGAUAACGUUUGGGAGCAGAUACGUCCGCUCUACGAAGGUCUGCAUUCCUAUGUGCGUCGCAAGCUAAGGGACUACUAUGGACCUGAUCGGAUUAACCGGAUUGCGCCGAUACCUUCACACAUAUUGGGCAACAUGUACGGACAGUCCUGGUCGAAUGUGUUGGACAUACUUAUACCCUAUCCGGGUCGUAAGCUCAUCGAUGUGACGCCUCGCAUGGUGGAGCAGGGAUAUACGCCGCUGCUAAUGUUCCAACUGGCCGAGGAGUUCUUUACCUCCAUCAAUAUGUCGGCUGUGGGUCCGGAUUUCUAUAGGAAUUCCGUAUUCGAGCAGCCGUUGGACAGGCGAGUGCUCUGCGAACCCUCCGCCUGGGACUUUUGCAAUCGUCACGAUUUCCGUGUGAAGAUCUGCACUGACAUCAAUCAGCGCAGUCUGAUUAGCGUUCAUCAUGAAAUGGCGCAUAUUCAGUACUUCCUGCAGUAUCGUCACCACCCGAAGAUCUUUCGCAACGGUGCCAAUCCCGCCUUCCAUCAGGCUGUGGGCGAUGCCAUCGGUCUAUCUGUAUCCACGCCAAAGCAUUUGCAAACUUUGGGCCUGCUUCAGAGAUCACUGGAUGAGUCCAGCUAUGAUAUCAACUAUUUGUUCACCAUGGCCAUUGAUAAGGUUGCUUUUCUGCCCUUCGCCUUGGCUUUGGACAACUGGCGCUACGACGUCUUCAGUGGCAAUGUGAAUAAGCGAAUUAUGAACUGUCAUUAUUGGAAUUUGCGUGAGAGGUAUUCGGGAAUUAAGCCUCCAGUUCUACGCUCUGAGAAGGACUUUGAUUUGGGCGCUAAAUAUCAUAUACCCGCAAAUAUACCCUAUGUUAAAUACUUUUUCUCCACGGUUCUACAGUUUCAGCUAUAUCGCGGCAUGUGCCGAGCCGCUGGCCAAUAUGUGCCCAACGAUCCGCGGAAACCGCUGCACAAAUGCGACAUCUAUCGGCAGCCAGCCGCGGGCAAUAUUUUAAAAGAUAUGAUGGCCAAGGGUGCCUCCCAGCCGUGGCAGGAGGUGCUGCAGGAAACAUUGGGCGAGGGCCGCCUGGAUGGCAGCGCUCUGCGUGAGUACUUUGCUCCACUGGAGGAGUGGCUGCGUCUGGAGGCGCUGCGCACCAAUGAGUAUGUGGGCUGGAACUAUGAUGGGGAUUACUGUAAGCGCAGCAUCGAAACUGCCGGACUGCAGGUCUUUGGCGGCUACUACAAUGGCGCGGCUUGCCGGGAACUGAACCUGCUGCUACUUUUCCUCAGCAGCUGGCUGUGCUACCUGGUUGUCUUGUCUAGCAUGAGUUAAGAGUCAAACUUAUAUUUUAUUUGUUACAAAUAUUUUCAUUUCCGCUAACUCAAGUUGUUAAUAGUCAAUUUGAACUUGAUUCAAUGCCAACUGCAAUUCUAAAUAGAACUUUAAACAAACACAAUAAAAAUUUGAGCGGCACCUUAAAAGCCACUAA